GCUUAAAGACAUUAACUAGGUGAAAGCCAUCUGUCAGCCACAGCGGGGCUGCUGCCGGGGGGACGGUGACAUGUGGACGUCCGUGGCCCUUUAAGAAACUCCAUGUUUUCGCUACAUGAUGCGUCAACAUAAAAAAAGCGGAUGAUGCUGUUAUGUAAAAACACGCUGAAGUGAGCCGUAGUUUGCAGGGAGCUCGGUGAAAGCUUCGCACGCCACACUUCGUCUUCUAAAGCAGGAUUGCGGUUUCAAGUGUGGGGGUUUUUACGCGUAGCGCACGGAGCGGUGCAGUUUGGAGAGGAGGCGGAGAAGAAAAAGGCUUCAGCCCGAUCAACUCAACAUGAGUCGCCCUCCACUCUGUUUUCCUCCUUCACUUGCGGGAAGCGUACACCUGACGCAUCACCCUCUCGCCCUGUGGAAGUGAUAGAUCGUCCCUCUUUUUCAAUCGGGUUUAUUUUGCAGCCUGCUAGGCGACAGGACACCAUAGCCCUCAGCUCGGAUCGCUUCUGGGGCUAAACUGAAAGUGUCAGGACGGGAUCGAGCUGCGAGCUGAAGUAAUGUGUCAGCUAUAGACACACAAACAGAUCCUUCCUCUGUGUGGCGGUGAUCUGUGAACCUGAGAGGAAACUUUCGGGGAUCUCUGGGACUUCUUCCUCCACUUGAGUCGUCUUUUAUCGCCCAAACGAGAGUGUAUGGACCCAGGUGAUGAUCCAUGACGAUGCUCGCUGAAGGGUCUGUCUGAGCUGAAGCCCACCAUCGUAGCAUCCCAUUGAUGAAGACGACGUGGUGGAUCUGCUCCCGGACGCUGAGACCAUGGUGAAAGCUCAGCGGAGCCAGCCUGUGAAAUGCGGGAAGCCGCGGAAGGAGAAAGGAAGCAAGGAGAAAGGAGGUGGCGUGAAAAAAGUGAAAAAGAGAAAGAACGAGUUGAGAGGGAGGAAAAAGAAGGAUAAGAAAGAGCUACAUCGACACAGAAAGAAGACACUGGCAGUGGGUGAUGGAGACGCGCUGGACUGUUGCGUCCUGCUCACCCGUCUGGAGGAGAAAGGAGUUGUGGGUAAAGCAAAGGAUGCACUAAAAAAUGGGAAACAAAAGGCGGGGAAAGUCAAGAAGAAGCUGCACUCCAGCUCCAGUCACAGAAGGACCAAAUCUGGACUUAAGAAAACUUACGCAGCCAAUCAGCAAGCACUGGAACCAAAAAUCAACCAAUCUGACGCCUUACUCAUGUUUCCCGCACAUGUCUUUGAGCCCCGCAGGCGGAGGAUGGCCUCUCUCAAUGCUGAGGCCGUCAACAGCUUGCUGCUCUUCAGAGAUGAGUCUGUCGCGUCAAAUCUCGCAAAGAAACGGCAGCCUUCUAACGAAGACAAAGCUAAAGAAAGUCUCACUAAAACUGAACAUAAAGGUCAUAAAACCAAAAAGGUUCCUCCGGGAGGGAAAGCGGACCCAAAAGAAAGACCUAAAAAACAGAGGCGGUCAACAGCGGAGGCUCAGAACAUUGACUGGUUGGCUUUGUUUGCGCCUACGCCUCGGCGUCAGGCAGGCCUCACUGCUGCAACGCUGCUCAAACUCACCAGCGCCCAGUACGGAAGCAAACGACAAAAGAAGGCGGAGUCCAAGGCGGGGAGUGGGUGUGAAGCAGCAGCUACGACUCAGGAUGAGAUUAGUGGUAAGCAACUGUUGGGAGAAACAACGCUGACCAAAAGAACAACACAUCCCAAACACGAGGACCAACUGAAGCACAUAAAACAGGGUACAGAGGAUCCGGUUCAUUCCCAGCUGGACUCCACCAUCCAGGGUUGCUGUAGCUUGUGUAAAAGCGAGGCUUUGGAUCCGGAGUGGGCGGGCCCUGCAGGGGGACAGGAGUGUCUCAAACGGGAGCUUCACCGCGGCUCUUCGCUCGGAUUCUCCUUGAAAACAAUCAAAGAGGAGCAGGUGGAGGCCGAGGUGUCUUCCUGCUACUGCUGCUCCCAGGAGAGGUGUGUCGAGUACUGUCACAGACUGGCCCUCUUCCUGGAGGACAAGACCUUGAAGGAACCAGAGGACGGCUCACUGUCUGAGGUGUUCCACCAUCAUCAUCACCACCAUCACCAUCACCACCAUCAUCUUCAGCCACCUCACUCCGUAACCCACCCAGCAUCCAUAACCAUCAGCCCGCACACGUACACCUGUUUCCCCGGCUACUACGUCCACUUCAGUCACCCGGACACCUCCCCCUCCCCCAUACCACCCCUCGCUUUGUGCCCAAAGAGCGGCAAGAGACCCAAGCUGCUCCCCAGCACUGGUCCGCAGCCCUCAGGGAUUACCCAUCCAGUGUACUGCUGCACCUCAGUGGAGGCGUGCUAUGGAGAGCCCUGCAGGAUCAACGGCUACUCCUCCUACACCAGUGUGAUUCCAGCCAUCGCCAGAGGAGGGUGCUCCUUCAGCACCACAGACUGCACCAAAUGUAACCACAGCAUCAAAAGAGACGACUACUCAUCCACCCUCAAUGACCAUCACAGUCCCUCCUCCAUCCCCAUCUGUCCCAGCCCCAGAACCCUCACUGGCUGCCCCGUUCCCACUGUGCCUCCAGCCGGCCAAUCAGUGCCCCACGUUCAGACUCCGCUGUCCGACCCCAGCCAACCGCAGCCUCCGCUGCAGGUGGCGAAGGAGUGCCCGCAGAGUGCCAAGUCGCCCAGCGGGUCGAGGUCUGGCGCACGCGGCACCGGCAGCAUCAGCUCGGCUGUCUGCCCUCUCAACAGGGACAAGAAGCAGAAGCUGGGCUCUGCCAGUGAUGCAGGGCGAACGGUUGCCAAGCAGCCGAAGAACGGCCGCCAGAAAUCCACCAACGGCUGGCGGCCAGUUGGCCUGCCCUUUCAGAAGGAGGUUUUCUCUGUGGGAGAGGAGACGCUGGUGCUGAGGAAGUGUUUCGAGGGAGUCCAGAGGGACGGGGAGCUGAUUCGGGUCAGAGACACUGUUCUGCUGAAAUCUGGACCUAGAAAGAAGUCUCUGCCUUACGUGGCCAAGAUCUCAUCUCUGUGGGAAGAGCCGGAGUCAGGAGAGCUGAUGAUGAGUUUGUUUUGGUACUACCGUCCAGAACACACACAGGGGGGACGCAACCCUAGUAUACAUUGUGAGAAUGAGAUCUUUGCGUCUCGUCACCAGGAUGUGAACAGUGUGGCCUGUAUUGAAGACAAAUGCUAUGUCCUAACAUUGGCACAGUAUUGUCGAUUUUGUGCCUUGGUAAAACGCCGUAGGGAGGGUGUGCGCGACUGUGCCGCCUCCCUCAUGGUGCCACCUGUUGUCGGCAACACCAUGCCCACCCACCACUGUGUGCCCGAUGACGUCGACCCAGAGCUGGUGUUUUUCUGUCGACACGUCUAUGACUUCCGCUACGGACGCCUCCUCAAGAAUCUGCAGUAGCAUCUGACGGGGCAUGACACAUAAUGCUAUAUGGGACGUGAGAUAACGCUGUACAUCCUCCACAACUUUAAUUAGCUCCAUACCUACCUGCUGCCUGCGUGACAGGAACUGGAAGUUUAGGAUGAAGGACUGAGACAUGAGCUUCUUUUGUUUUGAAACCUCUUGUUCAUACUUAACAUGCCACACAUUUAUUUAGUGAGAGUAAUGGCUUGACAUAUUGUAUAAGAGUUAAUAUGGCAGUGUAAUGGUCUUUAUCAUACAUGGCUCUGUGGUGUCGUAGCAGCUGUGUGAAGAACCUGGAACGUACUCUGCUGUAGAAAAUGCUACUGUAGCUCUUAGAAAUGUGACAUUUGAUAAAUAUGAAGACAGGUUGAUGUUACAUGUGAAUUAUGUUACUGUCUGCCUGACAGAUAUCAGACACUCAGUGUAUCUCAAUGAUACGCCAUAACUAAAGAAAAUUGGAGGCAUACAGUUUUAGAUCGGCCCAUGAGAAGAAACAGAGUGGCUGAAGGUUUAAUCACAUUUGUCAUCAGAUUUCUCUGUUACGCACUGCAGUCUUACAGAGAAGCUCCAGAGUGAACAUCUGUGUUCAAGAUGUGCUUAAGGAAUAGUUUUGAGGAAAUUUGCUGUCUUUCCAAAAGUUAGAUGAGAUGAUCGAUACCGCUCUCAUGUCUGUACUGUAAAUAUGAACCUAAUGCCUGCAGCCAGUUGGCUUCAAGACACCAGGAACAGUGGAAUUACAACUUCUGGGUUUGUCACGGGAUGCAGUUGGGCCCAAAAGAGUUUUUCUCAUAGACUUACAAUGUGAAAGAGACAACUAUAAAUUAGUGAAUACCUUUUUUUGAGCGUCAUAACUACUGUGACAUGACCCGUUUCACUAUCAGGAUUUGAUCUAUUCAUUCCGGUAACAUUUUGAAAGUGUAGAAGAGCUGCACGAUUAAAUCAUUUU